GACACUAGCGUAGAUGGCUCCUGGGCUGCUUGCGGCCUGUCGCCGGCACAGAUGCAAACUUAGCGCUGCUAUAGCCCACACUACUACCGUAGAGCUAGUCGACCGGGUGUGUGUGGCCUGGCGGAGUGCAUGCAGUGAGAGAGACCUCACCAGCCGCUGCGGGAAGCAUUGAUCGCAAUAGGCUGCAUAGAAUUCAUGUGGUCGCGUGCACUCCCCACAGCUGGAUCAAAAAAAGUGACGAGUGAUGCGGGCUCGGACGGCCUGGACGCCUUGCUGGCGGAGUGCGCGCUCGAGCGCUCGUCGUCGACGUCCGCGCGGUCGCCAGCACGCGCACCUGCCAGGCCAGCCACAGCGACAGCCGUGCCGCCGGCACCACCGACGCAGCAACGCGUGCUCACAACCGACGAGUGUCGCGCGCGCGAUGCCGUCGUCGCGCUGCAGCAGGCGCUCGCCGACGCGGCGAUCGCCGCAGCGGUCGACAGGACGCUCAAGUCGGCCGGCGCGGUGGACACGUGGCGCUACUACGACGAUCGACCCGAGCUCGCGCGUUACACCAUCGAACGGGAACUCGCCCGGAACACUUUCGUCGUGACGGAAGACGGCGUCGAGGUGACCGACGCAGCCGCACGGCUCGGUGCGCUGGAGGGCGACGACGCGUACCUGCUGCGCCUCGCGAACCAGUCGUUGUUUGGAGACUGCCUCGUGGCGCUCGGUUCCGCGCUCGACGCGAGCGGCGCGCAAGCGGCCGUCUCGAACACGGCUGCGGGCGCGACGUACCACGUCGCGCUCGGCCGCGAGGCGAGCCUCGAGGGCCGCCUGUGCGUCACCGUCAACGUGCCGUCGUCGACGGAGUCGGGCCGCCUCGCGUUGGCGACGCUCGACGUCGUCGUGACGGCGCGGCUGCGGCCGGCGCGCUCGCUGAUAGCGUCGAUCGGCCGCGCAGAGCUUUCCAAAGGCGUCUUCGACGACGACAUCCGCCGCGCCGCAAUCGAGAUCGCCUCGCUCACGGCGGCGCCGCCGGCCGCUCCCCCGGAGGCCGAGGAGGACGCCGCGAUCGUCGGCCCGGGACGCGUUCUUCAGGCAGCGGGCGCCGCCGCCGCGCGCCUCAAGCACACCGUCAAGGCGCGGGCCGCCGCGCCGGAGGCGUCCUUCUCCGACCUACUCCGCGAGGCGGCCGACCGCGAGACGCCCGCGGAGCCGUCGUUCUCCGAUUUGCUCCGCGAGGCCGCGGACCGCGAGGCCGCCGCAGCGCCGCCGCCACCGGCGGAGCGGUCCCUGUCGGACCUCCUCCGCGAGGCGGCGGGUCGAUGA